AUGCCCUCCAUCCUCCCCCCAUGGCCCAACCUAAUCUUCGGCAUCUUGGAGCCCAUCUCACUCAUCGCUGGGGCCCUAAGCCCCCUCAUCAACCUCCCGGCCUUCAUCACCGACCAAAUCCCCCAAGCUCACGCCCAUGCUCACCCCCCAGGCCAAUCUAACCCCAUCCCCACCCCCAUCCAACCCCAGUCCAUCUCCCUCGCCUACCAACUCGGCAACCUGUACGGCCUGCUGGCCCUCCUGGGCCUGGGCAUCCUGCGCACCACGACCGAACCCGCGGUCAUCCGGCGCUACCUGCUGGCCCUGCUGGUGGCGGACGUGGGCCACAUCGCCGCCACGGGGUGGGGGAUGGGGUGGGCGCGGUUCGGCGACGUGGGCGGGUGGAACGCCCUGACCUGGGGCAAUGUGGCGGUCACGGCGUUUCUGGGCGUCCAGCGCGUGCUGUUUCUGGGGGGGUGGUUGGGG